GGCGCGGGCAUGGCCGCGCGUGGCCGGCGCGCCUGGCUCAGCGUGCUGCUCGGGCUCGUGCUGGGUUUCGUGCUGGCCUCGCGGCUCGUCCUGCCCCGCGCCUCGGAGCUGAAGCGAGCGGGCCCGCGGCGCCGCGCCAGCCCGGAGAGCUGCCGGCCCGGGCAGGCGGCCGUGGCGUCCCAGGCCGGUGGGGCGCGCGGCGACGCGCGUGGGGCGCAGCUCUGGCCGCACGGCUCGGACCCGGAUGGCGGCCCGCGCGACAGGAACUUUCUCUUCGUGGGAGUCAUGACCGCGCAGAAAUACCUGCAGACCCGCGCCGUGGCCGCCUACAGAACGUGGUCUAAGAGCAUUCCUGGGAAGGUGGAGUUCUUCUCCAGCGAGGGCUCGGACACAUCGGGGCCGAUCCCCGUGGUGCCCCUGCGGGGCGUGGACGACUCGUACCCUCCGCAGAAGAAGUCAUUCAUGAUGCUCAAGUACAUGCACGACCACUACCUGGACCGGUAUGAGUGGUUCAUGCGCGCGGACGACGACGUGUACAUCAAAGGAGACCGCCUGGAGAACUUCCUGAGGAGUCUGAACAGCAGCGAGCCCCUCUUCCUGGGGCAGACGGGCCUGGGCACCACGGAGGAGAUGGGGAAGCUAGCCCUGGAGCCCGGGGAGAACUUCUGCAUGGGGGGGCCUGGUGUGAUCAUGAGCCGCGAGGUCCUGCGCAGGAUGGUCCCGCACAUCGGAAAGUGCCUGCGGGAGAUGUACACCACGCAUGAGGACGUGGAGGUGGGGAGGUGUGUCCGGCGCUUCGCUGGCGUGCAGUGCGUCUGGUCCUACGAGAUGCAGCAGCUUUUUUAUGAGAAUUACGAGCAGAACAAGAAGGGGUACAUCAGAGACCUCCACAACAGUAAAAUUCACCGAGCCAUCACGCUGCACCCCAACAAGAAUCCCCCCUACCAGUACAGACUGCACAGCUACAUGCUGAGCCGCAAAAUAGCCGAGCUGCGGCACCGCACGAUCCAGCUGCACCGGGAGAUUGUGCUCAUGAGCAAGUACAGCAACACGGAGGCCCACAAGGAGGACCUGCAGCUGGGCAUCCCGCCCUCCUUCAUGCGCUUCCAGGCCCGCCAACGCGAGGAGGUUCUCGAGUGGGAGUUUCUGACAGGCAAGUACCUGUACUCGGCCACUGACGGGCAGCCCCCACGCCGAGGGAUGGACUCGGCGCAGCGGGAGGCCCUGGACGACAUUGUGAUGCAGGUGAUGGAGAUGAUCAAUGCCAACGCCAAGACCCGUGGGCGCAUCAUCGACUUCAAGGAGAUCCAGUACGGCUACCGGCGCGUGAACCCCCUGUACGGGGCCGAGUACAUCCUGGACCUGUUGCUGCUGUACAAGAAGCACAAAGGCAAGAAGAUGACGGUGCCCGUGAGGAGGCACGCCUACCUGCAGCAGACCUUCAGCCGGGUCCAGUUUGUGGAGCAUGAGGAGCUGGAUGCCAAGGAGCUGGCCAACAAGAUCAACCAGGAGUCUGGGUCCCUGUCCUUUCUGUCCAACUCCCUCAAGAAGCUCGUGCCCUUCCAGCUGCCCGGGUCGAAGACGGAGCACAGAGAACCCAGAGACACCAAGAUCAACAUCCUCAUCCCGCUGUCGGGCCGCUUCGACAUGUUCGCGCGGUUCAUGGGCAACUUUGAGAAGACGUGUCUGAUCCCCAAUCAGAACGUGAAGCUGGUCGUGCUGCUCUUCAACUCGGAUUCCAACCCCGACAAGGCCAAGCAGGUGGAGCUGAUGCGCGACUACCGCGCCAAGUACCCGAAGGCCGACAUGCAGAUCCUGCCCGUGGCGGGCGAGUUCUCCCGGGCGCUGGCCCUGGAGGUGGGGUCCUCCCAGUUCAGCAACGAGUCCCUGCUCUUCUUCUGCGACGUGGACCUGGUGUUCACCGCGGACUUCCUGCAGCGGUGUCGCGCCAACACAGUUCUGGGCCAACAGGUAUACUUCCCGGUCAUCUUCAGCCAGUACGAUCCAAAGAUUGUUUAUAACGGGAAGGUUCCCAGUGACAACCAUUUUGCCUUCACGCAGAAGACUGGCUUCUGGAGGAACUAUGGGUUUGGCAUCACCUGCAUUUACAAGGGGGACCUGGUGCGCGUGGGCGGCUUCGACGUCUCCAUCCAGGGCUGGGGGCUGGAGGACGUGGACCUCUUCAACAAGGUGGUGCAGGCGGGCCUGCAGACAUUCCGGAGCCAGGAGGUCGGCGUCGUGCACAUCCACCACCCCGUCUUCUGUGACCCCAAUCUGGACCCCAAGCAGUACAAGAUGUGCUUAGGGUCCAAGGCGUCCACGUAUGGGUCCACCCAGCAGCUGGCAGAGAUGUGGCUGGAGAAGAACGACCCGGGCUACAGUAAAAGCAGCAAUACCAGCGGCUCCGUGAGGACAGCCUGAUGCCCAGCGCUGCUGGAGAGACCUUUUUAAUUAUCUAAUUUAUUUUUCAAGAGUUUUUGUACGAUCUGUUUUUGCAGUCCACACAAGGAUAUAUAUUUUACCAGUGGUUUUUCUUACACAGGGCUCCUUUGAGCUUUUUGAACAAAACAGCGUGAUCAGUGUUUGCCUUGAACGCGUUCUUCUCGCUCAGUGCUCCGUAGCCGAACUGCUUGAUUCUGACUUGAAAUGUGUCUGACCAACAAAGCUGGGUGGUUUGGGUUUUUCUGUUGUUGUUGUUGUUUUGUUCUGUUUUGACAUUUCCUUUCCAGCCUCCCACAGAGUAUUACCAUGACGCAGCACUGGCGCCCGUCAGUGCUGUGUUGUGAUUCUAACAUCGCACAGAUUCCACCUUUCUUGUCUUCUCUUUUUCCUGUUUUGAUCUUUGUCUUUGAAAGCCAUCUUGUGUUCCAGCCGUAAAAGGAAAUGGGGCUGUGGCUGUGCCCCCAGCUGGACUGUGCUUGGUGUGGGCUCGUGGCAGGUUAACGUGAAGGGCGCGAGGAAGGCACUGCACCAGGCCAGCGGCCGUCCCGGCUGGCAUCCCUCUGGCCACGCGUUUUGAGAAGGAGUCGACAAUUUUGUUUUUCCUCUUCCUGACCCUUCUCUCUAAAGGGUUAAAAUAUUAAUAUUUAGAAUGACAAAGAAGAAUUAUUGUAAUAAACCUAACUUACAUAAGCUAAAAAGAAAAAAAAAAACCCUGAUGGAAAUGUUGGGGGGAAUGUCUGGUUUUGUUCCUGUCAUGCUGUCCGUGCCCUUGCUGGAGAUGGCUGCUUCUCUCUCUGGUAGCUGUUUUGUUUUAUCCUCUGUAUUUCCAAUGCAUUUAAUUUAUUUACUCUCCGUUGGCUCGCGCUCUGCCAUGGCUGAGUGCUGUUGGUAGUAUUUAUGUGUGCCAGGAGGCAGGUAGCACGUCCUGUUGGCGGAAAACCCAUCCCCAAAGAGUUUCUUUUCCGGCUCACUUCCUCCCCUCCCUGAUUUUGACAUUCCUCAUUGUCCUACUCAAUAUCAAGUGUUCUUGGAGAAUUUUGGUGCUCACGUGUUCUGGGGACAAAAGUGAAACAUUAUCCGUCAUCACACACCAGGAAGUUUGUUUGAAAAUUCACAGAUCAAAUGUGCCUUAAUAAAUUUUUGUUUUUCACGUAGGUUCCAAAAAGUGACAGGCUCGCCAUGUUUGUUUUUGUUGUUGUUGUUUUUUUCUUUUUAAUACACACCAUUGGAGAUCCACUUAUUUGUACAUAGCCAGUUGCUCAUUGGGACAAAUAAACCAGUGAACACUAUUUUUCUAUGG